UGAUUGGUAUUGUUUGUGUUCGACAGAGUGGUUUUAGAGCGUAGAUAGAGAAAACCUUCAGGAUCAGAGCAGCAUAGGUCGUGGACGCAUGCGUAGUGGGUGCUCCGUUAGCGCUGUACAUCUCUGGUUUUGUCAACAUUCGCGGGCGUUUCGCGCCAGUACCAGUGCAACUGCGAGAGCCGCGCGCCGAAUCGCUGCGACGCUUCGCACACGAUACUCUGUAUGAUCUCAUCUAGGAACUCAUAUCCUGACUGAUUGAUAAGUGGCGAGCACAAGUGACAAUGUCUGAGUCGGCCGUAGAACAGGUGACACAGGAGGUGAAGGACGUAAAGUUGGAGAACGGGAGCGCGCCGGGAGCAUCCAACGGAACGUCCAGUGGAAACUCCGACAAUGUUAUAUCCUUCAAGGAUGCGUUCAAAGCGUUCUCUAAAUUCGGGGAUCCCAAGUCUGAUGGCAAGCAAAUAACCCUAUCACAGAGCGAUAAAUGGAUGAAACAAGCCAAAGUGAUAGACGGCAAGAAGAUCACAACUACAGAUACCGCCAUACACUUCAAGAAACUGAAGUCUCUAAAAGUGGGCGUCGAGGAUUACCAAAAGUUCCUCGAGGACUUGGCGAAGAGCAAAAAGGUGGAACUCGACGAGAUUAAAAAGAAGUUAACGACGUGUGGCCAGCCAGGUGUUUCAUCUCACGUUACCAAAUCACCUGCAGCCGCUGCUGCUGUCGACAGACUGACAGACACUAGCAAGUACACAGGCUCGCACAAGCAGAGGUUCGACGAGACCGGGAAAGGCAAGGGCAUAGCGGGCAGGAAAGAUUUGGUCGACGGCUCCGGAUAUGUCUCCGGGUAUCAGCACAAAGAUACCUACGAUAAAAGCCACUAGCCGAUUUAAACGGCUCGCAGAAGAUAAUAAUUCAAUCUAUUACUAACACGCAGUCAUAAGAAUCACAUUGUAAUAGUGUAAAAGUGAGAGCAACGAUUACACCUUCUUACUUAUACAUAACUGUUUUUCAACGUCAGAUUUAUGGUGCAGGAGAAUCAUUGAGAUUAAAAUUGUCAGGUCGAUCUGCGGGAUAACUUCAUUCCAAUGAAUGUUUUACUAUCCACAGUAAAACAAAUGAUCUCAAAUGUUUGAUUGAUGCACCGUCAUGACAUAUUCGAAAGCAACUAACGUUAAAAAAAAUUAAACGUAUAAAAUACGACAUUCAAAUAAAUAUGCGUACUAAACGCAGUCACAAAUGAAAAAUAAUUUAUGGAUGUUGUUGAAAAAAUAUAUUAAAGGAGGAAGGAAGUACAUGUAGCUUAUGUGAAGAAGUUCAAAUAUAUUUCACUUAAAAAAAAAAUCGUCCCAUAUUUAUAUAAAAAGACAUUCCUUCAUAUCUGAAGUAUUUUAUGGUUUUUAAACUUUGUCAAGUAAGAUACGAUAUUUUUUCAUUACGAACUUCCCGAUUAUUACCUAAGUAGAUAACUACCGACCUACGUAAUAUUUUUACAAUUUUCGUCCUGUUUCUAAGUAUGUCUAGUCGUAGGUGUCCGUAAUGUAGAAUAGCCUUCCUUAAUUUUUGUAUAGGUGCAAGGGUUUAACCGUAAAUAGUACCUACUUUACUAUUAAAUUAAAUAGUUAGUGGCAGAUAAGCCUGACCCAUCUUUGGUGUUAAAAUAUGACAGGACAGGUUUAGCUUCCAUCGACUGUUCAUAAGAAUUGACCACGUCUUGCAGGAAAUUUAAGUUUUCGUAGAAGCACAUUCGUAUUUCGGUUAUAUCGGCAGCCGAGUUUACCUGUAAUUUAAGGAGUAUAUCUUGGCACCUGGUUAUCAACUUCUGAAGUAGCAAGUGUAUAUUUAAGCAACUAUCAUUAUUUGAUCAAAAGAAUGUGAUGUCAUACAGGUGAUACCUAUUUGUUUACCUUUUUAGGUCCAACACCAAAUUUUUCUUAAAAAGCUAACUAUAAAUUUCGUACUAAUGUCUUUAGCAAAUUUGAUUGAAUAAUUUCUGCAUGCCGCUGCACUUCAGAGGUAAACUAUGAAAGAUCCGCUUGAAAUUUUUAAGUAAACCUAUUUAUUUUUUUGUUUGUUUGUUAUAUAUAUGUUUAUAAUUUCUAUUGUACAUACGAAAAAACACAAACAUACAGUAAAUUUGUAAGGCAAAAUUUACAAACGCGGACUUAUCCCGUUUAGGGAUUAUUAUUAUAAAGGCAUCUGUUUUUUCUAACUAGUUAAGCAUACGACCUUUAUUUUUAGCAAAUAUUUUUUUUCUCAUGUUAUUAAGUUAAAAUGUGUUAAUGUUAUUGUUACUUACACAUUUUGUUAAUGCAGACACUAUCAUGUCCAAUUUACAUAAUUAAAAUAAUAUGCCUAAAUGAUACAAAUGUGUUUUAAAUUUAACGCAAAUGUAAUAAUUAAUGAAUGUAAACCAAUAAAUUUUAUUCUUUAAAUUAAAAAUAUAAUGUACCUAGUUUGAUUUUUUUGCCAUGUCGUACUGUAUUCAACCGACUUUUCGAUAAAUUGAUCUUCCAUAUCGCAUCUAGAAUAUGGAAGAUCAAUUCGGAUGUAUGUACUCAAAUAAGUAUAAAAUUUUACCACGAAAAGGUAGUUUCUAUAGUAAAAAUAAUAAAAAAACGCCAUAUUUUCCUCAGUGAACAAGG